AAAAUUGUCCCAACUUUUAUAAUCAUCGUUAUCUUUGGCCUGUAAUGCAUUUAUUUGCGUGAUAAAAAAAAUAAAAAAUAAAAAAAGUAAAAAAGGCCGAUCCACAAAAAUCUAGAAAACUCGGCCCAUUCCUCUUCAUCAGAAAAACCUAGCAGAAACCCUUCUCUGUCUCCGAUUGUCCGCAACAUCUUUGUCCGUAAGAAACUGCAUUCCUAAUGCAACUUGUGUUCCUGUUCUAAAGUUUCUGUGCUUCCAGAAUGGCCAAUACCCUAAUCAGAAACCUUCUUUCUCAAGUGCAAAAACGUUUUCUGCUUGCAUCUGCAAUACCCUUCUCUUCCAAUCCAACUUGGCCCACCACCACUUCCUCACCGUCAUUUAAAGUUCAAUGCCUCGUUAAUUCAUCUGGGAUUCCCUUAGGAUCUGCUCUUUUAGACUCCAAGAAAUCUCAAUCUGUAUUCGAAGUCUUUAAAGCUCACAACUUCAGUGACGCCCAUGUGGCCAGAUUGAUCGAAAAGCGGCCUGCUGUUCUCCAUUGUAGAGUGAGCAAAAAUCUUCAGCCUAAAUUCGAGUACCUCGUGCAAAAUGGCUUUGUAGGUGAGCUUCUGCCUGAGCUUAUUGUGUCAAAUCCGACAAUUUUGAGAAGGGCUUUAGAUGCCCAUAUCAAACCAUCUUUUGAGUUCUUGAGAUCUUAUCUUUGUACUAAUGACAAGAUUGUAGCAGCUAUAAAGCGUUGUACAUGGUUGUUGACGUUUGAUUUGAAGGGUAGAAUGAAACCAAAUAUAGAUUUCUUGAUACAAGAAGGUGUGCCUCCUCAUAUCCUAGAAUACUUAAUUAAGUCGCACCCAAGAACACUAAUGCAGAAGCAUGAUAGGAUAGUUUAUGCAGUGAAUGUUGUUAAAAAUCUAGGAAUUGAACCGAAAUCUCGAAGUUUUGUACAUUCUGUUAGAGUAAUGACAUCAAUGAGUGAGUCUACUUGGAAGAAUAAAGUUGAGCUGAUGAAGAGUUUUGGAUGGAGUGAAGAACAGAUAUUGUCGGCUUUUGUGCGAGAACCACUUUGCUUAGCUUGCUCAGAGGAGAAAAUCAAGAAUGUUAUGGAUUUUUAUAUGAACACUAUGAAGUUGGAACCUAAUACUAUAAUUGUAUAUCCCAAAUUUCUUAUGUAUGCAGUUGACAAAAGACUUCGUGCAAGGCACGAUGUUUUGAAAGUUUUGGAGUCAAAAGAACUGAUUGAAGGGAAAAGAAAAAUUGAAUGGCUGCUCACAAUAACUGAGAAGAAGUUCCUGAAGAAUUAUGUUAACAAGUAUGCAGAUGAAGUCCCAGGUUUAUUGGAGGCUUAUGUUGGAGCCAAGAAAGCUAAAAAGAAACGUACUGCAUAGAAAAGUAGUAAAUCUGCGUUAACAUUGCAAAACAUUAAUAGCAAUAUGAGUUAGUUUCCUACCAUUUUAGAACGGUUUCUUUAGAUCAUAUCUUAGUGGUUUUUCAUGAUAAUUUGGUUCCAUUUCCUUUGAUUCUUUUUCGCUUUUCCUCCUUUUGAUGCAGCUGUUAUUCACUUCUUACCUUGUAUUUGAGCUUGCAACAUUGAUAUCAUAACUUUAACCAUGUACACUCAGAGUUAACAAAUUUUGAUAAUUUUUUGAUGUCAGAAAAUCCUGUUGCUGUUCUUAUUGUGAAUUUGUCUUGUUGCUAUGACACCUUUGCUAACCUUCAACUUUAUGUUAUUGCUAACCUGAAUUCCCUCUGAAAAAAUAUGACAAGCAAUUAGAAAAGAAAUUCCCAUUAAAAAUGGCAAUAAAUUGGAGACUCAAACUUCACCAUACUAUCUCUUGAUUAACUAAUGCAGUAGAAAAAAAAAAAGAUCAUGAUGAUAGGAAAUUAAUAAAGUUAGAAAAGAUCCAGACUUUUGCAGCUUAUAUUUGAGAGACCUAAAACAGAAAGUGUUUCCAUAUAUCCCCAGACAUUUAGGAAAGGCUGUCCUAUUAGUUGUCAAGCACUUCAAACUGAAACUAUGCCUUCGUCUGCUGUCUUCAGGAUGUUAACCUGGAACUUAUACUCAUCAGCAUGAUAUCCCUUUAGAAAGGUGGUAAAUUAUGUUGUAAAUCAUUUAGAGUUGGCUACUCUUCAUGCUUAUAGUGGAGGGAGGCUUUCUCCAGUGAAUAAUGGUGGAUGUGAGGGGAAUUUACAAUAAAUCAUUAAUGUUUUUGUCAUAGCUGCUACAACAUACAUGCACAAAGUAAUUGAAAGAUGAAGCAGCAUUGUGUACUUCCAGAUUGAGAGUUUUUGCAUAUGAAAGUAACAUCAGCUUGACAAAUAAGAGAGCUGAUCCAUAAUGAAGGCGGAAGCUCCUAAACGCAAAUUUAGUGCUUAGUUGGUAAAAACUUACACAAACAAAUAUUUAGAUGCAACUCCUGCUGGGAGAUUCAGGAUUUUGCUAUGAGCUCAAGCUCUAAUAUCCCAUUAUUAUAGCAAAGACAGAGGACAGAAAGCAAGCAUUCCUGAGGUCUACAUAGCUUCUUCUCUGGAGAUUCAUAAUGGUAACAAAGAUGGUGUGUAUAGGUAAUGCAGUGAUUGGGUUUGUGAGCAAACCUCCAAUUAUUUGCUAAUUUAUUUCUUCUGGCUGAGAAUUUCUUGUGAUCAUGUACUGUAUAUAUAUCAGAAUCCAUCUUUUUGACUACCAAAAACUGCUUUGCCUUGCGAUCA